CAGGGGGGAUGACACGGUUGGCCAGGUAGCAGCUAAAAUUAGCGCGACAAUGAAUGGUCUUUAAUUCACCACCACUUGGAACAAAAGUCGCCGCAGUCCCUAUGCCCAUGUUCACACAAUCAAAAAGGUAUGUGCAGUUUUAAUGGAUACACACAAUUCACAUUCUUAAAAGCAAAUAUAUGCCUAGUGGAAAUAUUUGAAUAUAGGAUAUCGUUCAAUAUAGUCGGUAUAUACCAAAUUACAAUCUUAAAUCCCGAACUAGAAUAAUAACACUAAAACAAGAAUAAAUUUCACUGAAUACUAAAUUCAUAGUCUGCAUUUGAAUUUACUUCGACGUCACUUGCCUGCAUAAAUUUAAAAAAAAUGAAGAGCUAACGAGCUGAAUUACUUGAUUUAAAAGCUUGCCAUAAACAAGGGAACUCUUUUGCAUUGCCUUAUACAGGUGAAACAACGUUAAGUAAAAUCUGUAGUACUAGGAUCUAGUUGCAAACUGAAGGACAUCAGCUCGCAAUGCACUGUCGGCUUUAUUCAGUGGAUGGUGGUCUGUUAUAAACAAGCUAUGACAGUUUAGUUAGUGGAUUACUCUGAAUUGCUUGUUAAACUACUUGUGAAGGAUUACCUGGUUUCUUACAUCGGUACUCUGACAACAGUUGCAUACAGGGAGGCAAAUCUGAGGAUUCGCUAAGGCGUCACUAUAUCGCCUGGGCGCCUUUACAUCGCUUGGGCGCUUAUACCUUUCUUGGGUGCUUUAACUGAGGGACUAACAAGCAGGGUACAGUGCAAUAUACAAAAAUGGCAGAUGUAUUGCUUAUCUUGUUUACCUUAGUAACUUGUAUGACUAUUAGUAAGGCAGCCGAUAAACAUGGUUACUGUUUGCCUCCAUACUCGGCUAUAAAUUUGUGUGAUCGAACUUGGACAUUGAUAUUUGAGAACGACGAGACAGGGGCCCCACUUAGCGGGACCAAGGAGGACCUCAAACAAGCUGUACUCAGGGGGGCCGAACUCAGGGUGCUUCUUAAAGACAUGAUGGUGGAGCCUUCCUCCAUGGUGACGCAUACUUUCUCGUCAGGGGUGGACAAUAUCAACAUCAGGGGAGAUAACAUAUGCUGCGAGAUAUUAAGUCACGUGGCCACAGCAGGCUUUGAAAGUGUCAUAGACGCCCACUGGAGAUUUUUCCUUCCGUGCACAACCGGAAGUGUCCAUGUUGCCCAGUACUACGUGGAAAGCGCUGACUUCCUGUCCGAGGAAACGCAACGUGCCCGCAUUGCUUGGUACGCAAAGGAGAUUCAGCAUGACCUCUACAACAACCGACCUCUCUUCGCUCACUUUUUGGACGGAGGCUCAACAGUGGGCAACAAGGAGGAUUUGAUCGAUGCGGCACGUGAAGGCAAAGAGAUCAGGGCCCUAAUGACGGACAGAGGAUACGCCUUCCCUUUCCAGGUUGUGGCCUGGUCCGAUGCUGAUGGUCGAGUGUGUGGCCAAAGCAACAAACAUCUUUCUCAGAAAUACAGCGGCAGCGAUAUCGUCUUCAACACGCAGACACCUUACAUGUGGUUCUCCUCCUGGUCAACCACUGGCCGCAGGGACAGCUCCAGGUGGGCAGUAGGAGGAGUCACCAACAGGGGAAGGGGCUCAGACUAUGUAUCUCUGAAGUGGUUCGCAGACCCGUGCUGGCGCCACGUCUUCACCCAUGACAACAGCGGGAACCAGUUGAGAGGAUCGAGAGAAUCCCUUGUGGCGGCUAUCAGGGACGGCCACCGAGUCCGCGUGGUGGUAGACAAUAGGGCGAUGGAGGCGUCUUUCCUUCGUGUCAAAAACAACCACGUCAGUGCCUACUUCCUGGAUGAGCUCUCCACAAAAGGAGGACGAGGAUUCGAUCAGUUCGACUUUACCACGGACACCUACUUUAAGUUUUCUACCGCCCACACGACCGGAACGUUCCGGCAGUACGGCCACUUUGUCCGGAACACGUCCACCACCGUCAGCCCCAGCAUGACCAAGCAGAAGAUCUCGUGGAUGAUCGACGUCAAACCGUGGGAGACGAUCCUUAAGGUCAACGAAAAGGGCGUGGUCAUCUGGGGUCAAAAGAUCAACGUGAAAAACGCCGUCCUAAAAUCAGCUUCCAUACGCAUGUCCAUCGAGUUUGACUCAACCAGUGGCACCCUCUACCUGGGCGCCGACAACACCAAAGUCGGCAGCGCCGUCACGGACGAAGAAAGCGUGUCCCAGAGCGUCCGCGUCAUGGGUGACAGGCCCAUUGGCAGCUACGAGUUUGAGCUCUCCCCCGUUCCGUUCUGGGUCUUCCUGGUCGUCCCGACCACAGGCAACGUCCAUCUGUCCGGCUGGCAAAUGGGCAGACACCAUCGCUUCUUCCACCGCAGUGUACCGGCUAGUGUGGUCUGGUUCGCGAACUUGUAAGAUAUAGCGCUUCUUGGGACUGGGAGGCUCUGUUACUCCUGAGCACGCCUAUCUUCAAAUGUGUAAUGAACUCAUUUUCAUCUAUUUAUAGAACUUACUUUCAGGGUUUUCCCCAUUUAAAGUAGGUUACUUGAUUUUAAGACGAAGUAUAUUAUCAACAUAUCAUUACACUUAAACCAUUAUCGUCAGAAGAGAUAGGCCUAUUGGUAUGGUUGUUAUGACAUAUAGUGUACAUUUGUUUGUUUUAGGUAAUUAUUUGGGUUUAUUCUUUAAUAAGUAUUUUGUUCUUUUAUAUAUAUAUAUAUUAUGCAUUGCUAUGGCAGAUGUUUUAGAAUUAUAAUCCCUUUCAAUGAUAGGGGAUCUUCAAAAAUGAUUUGUUUUAGAAUAACGAACCAUUGUAUAGGUUAUGUUGCAUUUAUUCUUAUUCCAACAUAGAAUAUAACUCGCUAUGAAAAAAAAUCAAUGUCAGAAAGAAAUAAAACAAUCGAUGUUCACAUUUUAA